CUUGUUUACGUUUUUUUUUUGGAAGAGUUCCACGGAAAAAUCUCUGAAUUUUCACUGAUUUGUGAGACACCUGGCUGCUACAAGAUGCCAGAAGUAACGCCCGACAGCUGCCGCAUCUGUCUCAAUGAGCCACAAUGGCCGAUUUCGCUCAGCAGCACCUUUGAAGUUCUCGGAAAAGUGCAUUCCUACACGGAGCUCUAUCAGAAUUUGUCGGGAUUGGUUCUGGUCGGCACGGGACCUCAACGUUUGUGCAAGGGAUGUGGCAUGAAUUUGGUUCAGGCGUACGAGUUAAAGAUGAAAAUCGAGGAGAGCGAAAGACUUUUGGGAACUCUGAUCGAACAAUCAACAAUCAUUGUUGGAGGAACGGAAAAUGCGGAUUUGAUGAUAAAGGAGGAAGAAGCGCCAAUGGAUUUUGAUUUUGGGGCAUCAGUGGUGGCAGAAGCGGUUGUGAAAGAAGAAAUAGACGAGGAAUUCAGGAAAUCCGAAGAUUCAGGGGGUGAUGAUGAUGACGACGAAUAUACGGAUGACGAGGAAUCCACAACUGGCGAACACAACUUACGAAAACGACCGAAAAAGAAACUCGUUCCCGCAAAGAAACAACGAAAAACCAAAAGAACAAAGCAGGAACAGCAACCACUAUCACUCGAAUGCUCCAUUUGCCUGAAGGUGUUUACGAAAAAGUUCGAUUUUCGUAAUCAUUAUCGAGUUUUGCAUGCGCCGCAAGAAAUUAAAUGUCCAAAUUGCACGCGAACCUUCACGGAUGCCGACGAAUUUGACAAACACGUGCGACACGGACACAAAAAACGGAAUCGCGAAAAGACUUUGUGUCCGCACUGCGCCAAAGUUAUGCUCAACACGUCAAUUCAGGAGCACAUCAAGAGUAUCCACGAAGACAAUCAUCGCGAAUAUAUCUGUGACUUGUGUGGCGUGCGUGCCAAGUCAAAAGACAUCCUUACGGGUCACAUGAAAUUCAAACAUCAGAAUCUCACGUACAAUUGUCGUUACUGCCCCGAAACGUUCAAGAACAAAGGAACGCGUCGCACCCAUGAAAUUCGCUUCCACACCUUCAACUACAAGCAUAUUUGCAACAUUUGCGAGAAAAAGUUCAUGACAAAUGCGCAACUGAAGAAGCAUCGUGUUAUCCAUACGGGCGAAAAGCCGCACAGUUGCGACAUUUGUGGGCAACGCUUUUCGUUCAGGGCCGGUCUCAAAGACCAUAUGGCCACUCACGCCGAAACGCGAGACUUUGUCUGUGAAAUUUGUACAAAUGCAUUUAAAAACAUGAAAGCGCUGCGAAAACACAAGGCUGUGCACGAAGAACGGAACUACGAGUGCCCCGUGUGCGGACAGAAAUUCUUAGAAAACAAAACACUGAGAGCGCAUUGCAGUCACUCGCAUCCGGAAUAUCAAUUGCCGCCACCAGGAACGGUCAUGAACAAAAAAGCACUUGCCCGAGUGGGGGAAAUUCUCGAAAAGUAUCACGUGCAUGCACAUCACUCAAGUGUCCCGCGGAAAAUGACAUCAACAACGACGACGCCGGGAGUUGCAGAGCAAACGACAAGCAACUGAAACUCGCAGGGACUUUAAGUGAAGUGCAAUAUGUUGAUAUUAUUGUUAAACAAUAACAAUUAAAAAUGUAGGAAUU